AUGGGUGUUCACCCAUUUACAAGUUGGAGUUCUAACUCUGACAUGAGUGAUGAAAAUCUAUAUCCACUUACAUGCCAAUUUUCUCACAGUGGAAAUGGUAGUGCUAGUUACCCUGCACUGGAUUGGUCUGAUGAGUUCCCCAUAUAUGAUAGCCAUUUUGAUGCAGCCCCUUAUAAUGUGGAGUGUUACCCUGUAGAUCCAUUAUAUGAAACUCUCUCCAUUGAACCAACACCUUUAACUGUCCAAGACUAUGAUUUUUAUGAAGUUAAGGAAGGUUUCUCUGUCUGGAAUGAAAUUGAUGCUGGGUUUGAAUCAGAGAAGGCUUUACUCUAUUGCACCAAUGAAGAGAGUGGGAAGGAAUUGAUGGGAAAUGUGAAGGCUAAGAGAGGCAGAGAAGUGAGAAGUAGCAGCACUAGAAUGUUGUCAAGGACAACUUUAUCACUAUACUUUUACAUGCCAAUAACAGAAGCAGCAAGGGAGCUAAAUGUUGGUCUCACACUUUUGAAGAAAAGAUGCAGGGAAUUGGGGAUCAGAAGGUGGCCCCACAGGAAGCUGAUGAGCCUGCAAACACUGAUCAAGAAUGUUCAGGAGCUAGGGAAAGAGGGGAACGAGGGAGAAGAAAAGUUGAGGAAUGCAAUUGAGAUAUUGGAAAAGGAGAAGAAGCUUGUGGAGGAAAUGCCUGAUAAGGAUCUGGAGAGUAACACAAAGAGGCUUAGGCAAGCUUGUUUUAAGGCAAAUUACAAGAAGAGGAGGCUCAUGGAGAUGGAGAAGAUGGAUCCAAAGUACUCUUCUUUUUACAGUGGUCCUGUUAGUGUUAGUAUUACUAGCAGUUAA